AUGGAGCUGUGUCCGGCCCCCGCUGCCCCCUCGGGCUGGGCGCUGCCGCUUCUCCUCGCCCUGGGCGCGGGGCUCAGCCGGGCUACCCCGCACCUGCGCUACAGUCGCCCGGGAUCCCGCAGCAAGAACUGGUGCGCCUACAUCGUGAACAAGAACGUGAGCUGCUCGGUGCUGGACGGGACGGAGAGCUAUGUCCAAGCCCAGUACAGAUGCGCCUGGAACCAGUUCCCCUGCCAGCCCACCUCGGUGUACCGCACCAGCUUCCGGCCGCGCUACACCGUGGCGUACAAGACGGUGACGGAGCUGGAGUGGAGAUGCUGUCCUGGCUACAGAGGGGAGGACUGCAGGGAAGGCCCAGCAGAGAAGCCCAACGCUGCUCGCCGUCCCACCACGCCGGCCAGAGCCGUGAUGAAGAAAGGCCUGGAUGCAGAGCCCACAGAAGCUCCGGAGCCUUCUCCAUCUGAGAAGAGGCUGCAGUUCCUGGAGGAUGAGCUGUUCAGGCUGACGCGCUCUGUGCUGGAGCUCCAGUCCUCCGUGGCAGGGGUGAAUGAAAACCUGAAGCUGACCAUCCAAGAAGAUGCCAGCAGGAUGUUGGUCACUUGGCUGAACAACCUCUAUGACCGCCCAGAGCCUGACAGUGCGGUGGGUGGGGACACUGACACCAUCCGGCUGCCUGGGCUCCUCAGCAGUAAAGACCAGAAGGACCCUUUCCUGGAUUUGGAGAUGGAAGAUCUCAAGUCUGAGCUCGCCGAGGUCAAGAAGGCCCUGAAGGUGAGGAACGAGCAGCUGGAGGAGCUGAACGGGAAGGUGAAAGGCUACGAGGGGCAGCUGAAACAACUGCAAGAGGCAGCGCGAGGGCCGCCGCUCUCAGUGCCCAAGGACAACAUCUACCAGGACUACAUCGACUCCAGAUUCGAGUCCCUCAGGCAGGAGCUGCUGGAAGGCUUUGAGAAGAAGCUGGCAGACCUGAGGAGCUCCUGCGAGUGCCAACUGCAGGACAGCCAGCGGCAGUGUGAGGAUGACGGCAGCUGCUCAGGGGUCAGCGAUGCUCCUGGAGGGCAAGAGAACCACCUGAGGAAAGAGACUGAUGGGCCCCAGUCUCAGGCACCAUCCAACAGGUCUGGGUGCUGCUGGGAGGAUGGCAGGGACGGCCUGGAGCAGCAGCUGCAGGAGCUGGGGAGGAAGCUGGACCGUGUGGCUGAGGCGCAUCGCAUCCUCAACGUGCGCAUCGACAAUGAGAUCGCGCGGCUCUCCACCCCCGACCUGGAGGACAUGUUCGGGGAGAGGCUGGAGGAGCUGGACGCCAGGAUGAACGCCACGGAGCGCAACGCCGAGGAGCACUGCUUCUACGUGGAGGAGACCCUGCGGGGGGCCAUGGCCGCUGAGGCAGAGGAGCUGAGGGACCUCUUCGACCAGAAGCUGCAGGCGCUGGAAGCCAGGCUGGGUGGCACCAUCUUGGAGAUGGCCAACACCACUGACCCCGACGGGCACUACCUUGACCCUGAGCCCGUCCUGCCUGGCGAUGGGGGGGUCGGCAGCCAGCGGCUGGCAGCAGAGGUGGACUUCCUGAGGGGCAAGCUGCUGUCCCUGGAGCAGCUCUGCAGGCGGCAGUGUCCCUCUGCACUGCGAGGCGCCGAGGAGGUGCAGGAAGAGCUGCAGAGCUGCCACGAGAAGUACGAGGAGCUGCUCGGCAGGACGGAGAGCGGCUCUGCUCUCCUGCGCUCCCUCAACGGCUCCCUUCAGGAGCAGCUCCUCCUGAUCAAGGGCAACCAGCGGGAGAUCCAGAAGGUGCAGCGGGACGCCCGCGUCUCCCGCUACAGCCUGGGCGUCAUGGACAGGGACCUGAAGGCGCUGCAGGACGGCCUGAGCACCUGCCAGGAGCAGCUCCUGGGCGUCAAUUCCACCUGCAGGAAAGCUCAGCGAGGGGUCUUCAGGAAGAUCGACCAGAUGCAGAGGACCUUUGCCAACCACACCGCCCAGCCCAGCGAGACGUGCUGCGGAGAGCUGAAGGAGAGGCUGGAGCAGCUCAGCCACCGGGUGCUCGGCAGGUGCCAGGAGCAGGGCCCGGGUGGGCAGGAGGGCAGGGCGACCAUGGAGAGCAGGGCGUCGCGCCUGGAGGAGGUCUGCGGCAGGCUGGACGCCGUCUCGGGUGGGCUGCGGGGGCUGAGGGAGGGCCUGGAGCGGCACCUGGGCAGGCUGUGGAGCGGCGUGCGGCAGCUGAACGGCAGCCUGGUGGCACACGCCAGGGACAUCGCCAGCCUGCGCGGGCAGCUCUCCAGAGCCACCAGCCAGCUGCAGAGCGUCCCGGCAGCGCCCGCGGGCACAGGGCGGUCAGAAGUGCCACAGCAGCCCAUGCCAGCCAGGCCCCCUCUGCAGCCCCAGCCUGGCACGCCGCUGCUGCUGCCGUCACGGCCGAGGACACAGCCCCCCUGGCACAGGAUGCCCCUGCAGCCUCCCCAGCCCAGGCCCCUGCCUCGCCCUGCGCUGCCAGGCUCGGGUGGGGUGCCUCUGCUGCCUGGCACCACAGGGGUGAUCCUGGAGACGGGUGAGGCGGGGCCCCCGGGCACGCUGCUGAUGGCAGGGCGCGGGCGGCUGCGCAGUGCUGACGGCCAGGCCGGGCACAGCACCGUGCCCAGCGCCGAGGGCUACGCUGGCGCCCCAGGAUACCCAAAGGCUUCUGCACCUGCCACGGACUCACCAGGCCCUGCCGCAGCUGCAGCCUCCCUGGUGUCCUUCUCGGCGGGGCUGACGCAGAGGCCAUUCCGCAGCGACGCCGGCGUGGUGCCCUUCAACAAAGUGCUGCUCAACGACGGCGGAGCCUACGACCCACACACAGGGAUCUUCACCUGCCCGCUGGAGGGCCGCUACCUGCUGACGGCGGUGCUGGCGCCGGAGCACGGCGCGUUCGUGGAGGCUGUGCUGUCGGUGUCCAACCGCAGCGUGGCGCAGCUGCGCACCGACGGCUACCGCCGCGAGCUGCCCGAGCAGCGCCGCGAGCCCCCCGCGCCGCGCGCCUGCGGCGGCCCCGGCGCCUUCCAGCUGGUGCUGCACCUGCGGGCGGGCGACGAGGUGAGCGUGGUGCUGACCGGGGGCAGCCUGGCCUACGGCGGCAGCGACGACAUCUACUGCACCUUCAGCGCCGCGCUGCUCUACCCGGCCCCGCCGCGCCCCUAG